AUGUAUGUUGGGUACCUACUGGAUAAAGAAAGCGGCAUGUAUCACCAAGGGCCAGUGAGAAGAUCCAGCAUCAGUCUGCCUCCACAGAAUUUUGUAUCUACACAGCAAUACCCCGAUUUUACAGGAUACCAUCAUGUCCCGAACAUGGAUACGCACACACAAUCUGCGAGCAGUUGGGGAGCUUCGUAUGGCGGCCCAAGAGAGGACUGGGGCACGUAUGGACUGGUACCCCCUAAUCCCAUUCCUCCACCCAUGAACAGCUCAUCUUCUGCACAGGGCCCUUACUGCCCGUCUGAGUACAGUCACAUGCAUCCUCCCGGGUCUGCGGUGCUGCAGCCGCCGCCGGACAACGUUUCUGUUGGACAGCUUUCUCCCGACAGAGAACGGCGCAGCUCGUACCAGUGGAUGAGCAAAACGGCGCAGGCGUCUUCCACGGGUAAAACAAGAACGAAGGAGAAAUACAGGGUAGUGUACACAGACCACCAGAGACUGGAGCUGGAGAAAGAGUUUCACUUCAACAGAUACAUCACCAUCAGGAGAAAAUCUGAGCUGGCUGUCAACCUGGGUCUGUCUGAAAGACAGGUGAAAAUCUGGUUUCAGAACCGGAGGGCGAAGGAGAGGAAGUUGAUCAAGAAGAAGAUGGGUCAGUCUGAUGGGAGCAGCGGCUCCGUGCACAGUGAUCCGGGGUCAGUCAGUCCCCUGCCGGUCCCGGGGUCCCUGAGUCCCACAGACAUGCACGGAUCUAUGUACCCCCCUCAGGGAAUGAACACCUUGCCAUCUAUCAGGAAUAUACAGCAGGUGACUGUGACCCAGUAG